GCCACCGUACACAAACACUGUUGCAGGAAAACGCUCUCCAGGCGUGAAUGUGAACGUAUGAUAUCCCAUAAAAAACGUUUUAAUUAAACUGCUUUAACCUUGUGUAAUCAUGACAGAGUACUCACACGUUAAGUCCACCAAACUGGUCCUAAAAGGAUUAAACGAUAAAAAAAAGAAGAAAAAGAACAAGGACAAGAAGAGAAAACGAGAUGAUGAUGAAGACAAGCUGGAUGUCGUUGGAGGAUGGUGGACAGUGAAGAGUUUUGGUGAGAUCACAGGCACAGUGGCCAUUGAGAUGCACAAAAGCUCUUACAUUCAUGCGCUGGACACUGGACUUUUCACUGUAGGAGCUCCACAUAAAGAGGAUGAAGGCCCAGAUCCUCCAGAACAGUUCACUUCCAUCAGACUCUCAGAUUCCAGGAUAGCACUAAAGUCAGGCUAUGGGAAGUAUUUAGGUAUAAACUCAGAAGGUGUUGUCGUUGGUCGAUCAGAUGCCAUCGGCUCCAGAGAGCAGUGGGAACCAGUGUUUCAGGACGGUAAAAUGGCCCUGCUUGCUGCAAACAGUUGUUUCAUCUCGUACAGUGAGAGCGGAGACAUAGUGGCCAAAAACAAGACAGCUGGAGAGGAGGAGAUGAUCAAGAUCCGUUCGUGCACAGAAAGAGAAGUGAAGAAAAAAGACGAUAUUGCAGAUGAAGACAGGGGUGAUGUCAAAAGCUGUGAGGUCAACUACGUAAAGAAGUUCCAGAGUUUCCAGGACCGGAAGCUAAGGGUGAAUGAGGAAGACAGCGGUUCACUGAAAAAAGCCAGAACAGAUGGAAAAUUCCAUGAGGCACUGCUGGACAGGAGAGCCAAGAUGAAGGCAGACAGAUACUGCAAGUGAAACCAGCAACCAAAGUUUUUUUUUUUUUAUUAUUAUUGUUAUUCAUUAUUGGUUUCAUUUUACCUUGUCAUGGAAUCUCAGCCAUUUUUUUUUUUAAAUAAACCUAGUCACUUUUCAUGAAAAUGUUUUGUUGUUUUUACAUAGCCUAUUCAUUAUUUUGUCAUUAGUUACAGGAACUUGUUAAAUUGCAGUCAUUUGUUUAAUAUUGGAUUGUAAAUUUGAGUAAUGUCCCAAAUUAAAUGGAUUUUAAACUUAAAAUAUCAUUGUUUAAUCAAUUUCAUUAUUAUAAUCCAAUUUACAUGGUGCAUGCAAAGAAAUAAUGAAUAAUCUGUGGAAAAUGUUAUCCUUAAUGUUUUUGACUGAAGUCAUAUUGUUAAUGUGGUGUGAUUUAUUUAUUUAUUGUAGGAUUUGAAAUUUAUAUGAGAAUAUUGUUAAUGUUGAGCCAAAUUUGAAGAUGUAAUAGAUAUUUAAU